UCUCUUUCUGCACAGGCUGACAGUAUAAGAGUCUCACACACACACACACACACAUUCAAUCCACUCAGCACUUACGCACAUCUCACAUACACGCAUGCAUCAUGUACUUGCGUUUAGUCUACACGUGUGUGUGUCUGUGCGCGUGUGUGUGUAUCACAUCCAGCCUGCGAGCGAGCCGGAGAGACGAGCGACAGAAGAGCCGGACUGUGGCAGCAACAGCUGGGUUUAAUACACCUGUACAUCCAGUGCGUAGUGCUCAGUGUCUGGUGAACGGGAUUCUCCUCUUUGAGGGAGCUGUUUGGUCUCCAGAUGCAUGUAACAUGUGUCAGUGCAGAAAGGGUGUGGUUCAGUGUCACGGAGUGUCCUGCAUGAAUCCAGCUUUACCUGCCUCGAGGCAUCAGGGUGGACACCAGAAACCAGGCAACCGUGGAGUGAAGCUGGAGAAAACGAGCAGACAACAGAAGAAAGUGUCUCCACAGAGCGGAAAGAGGAAAGCGUCUCAGGAGAAGGUGAUGGUGGAGCCUCCACCUGCACAGAAGAAGAAUGCUCCAUCACCACCAUCACCACUACCGAAGAUGAAGCAGCAGCAGGCACCUGAGGUAGGACUCGGGCAUUUCCCGGUGGCCACGCCCCCUGACACCUUCCCAGGUCUGUUUGACUACGAUGACCACGAUGAUGACGACUAUCUGGAAGACGAUAGUGAUGCCGACGAGGAUGAUGAUGACGUCCAGGUCUUACAGAACGCUCGCACCAGAAGUUCAUCGGUCGGCAGAACGUCCGUGUCUCUAACCCGGAAGCCAGACAGGCCCCUCCCUCCUCCCACACGCCAGCCAAAAGUCUUAGCACCUAGUGGAAGUGUGAGAGGUCGAGGGGGUGUGGUUAGAGUCAGAGUGGGUGGAGCCAGUGUGGUGGGUCGUCCUGUUAUCCGUCCCUCCACUCACAUGGUGUCACUCCCGGCGGGGUGUCUGCUGUCUGACGCCCUGAUCGCAUGCGGCAGCACCGGAUUAACCAGCAUGCCUCUCAUCAAAGACGCCGGGAUCCAGACACUUUACCUGGCAGAUAAUAAGAUCAGUAAGAUCCCAGUGCGAGCGCUGCAUGGCCUGCCCAAUCUGCAGUGGCUCGACCUGAGCAAGAACAAACUGGACGACACCUCACUGGGGCUGGACGUGUUUCGGAAUCUGACCAAACUGCGGCGUCUGAAUCUGGAUGGGAACAAUCUGACCAAAAUCCCCCCACUGCCACCAUCACUGCUGGAGCUGAAGAUCAACGACAACAAACUGAGUGGACUCACACCUCACAACUUUAGAGGUUUGUCCCAGCUGCUGACUCUGGAGCUGGAGGACAAUCAUUUCCAUGAUGGAAACGUGUCCCCUCUGACCUUCAGGCCCCUCAAGAAACUCAUUUAUCUCAGACUGGAUGAUAACGACUUCAGAGCCAUUCCCUCCGGCCUGCCUUCCUCACUAAAGGAGCUGCAUCUGUCAGAUAACCGGAUUGAAGUGGUUCACGCUGGACUUCUCAAUAAGACGGUGAACCUGCGAGUCCUAAAUCUGAGCCAUAAUAAAAUCCGAGAGGACCGAAUCGCCCCGAGAGCCUGGAUACACCUACGUAAGUUGGAGACAUUGGAUCUGUCCCAUAAUAAACUGGUCCACGUCCCGUCCUUCCUGCCGGUCGGACUUGUCCAGCUCUCUCUGCACCACAACCAGAUCGAGAGAAUCCCGGGGUACGUGUUCGCUCACAUGCAGCCCGGCCUCGUCUCAAUCCACCUCUCAUACAACCGCCUGAGGGAGGACGGCAUCAACCAAGUGUCCUUCCUUGGCCUGAGACACUCUCUGAAUGAGCUGCUGCUGGACCACAACCAGCUCCGAGAGAUUCCACGAGGAAUAAUCCAACUCCGCGCCCUCCAGGUCCUCCGCCUCAACCACAACUACAUCAGCUCAGUACCUGUGAAUGCUCUGUGUGACAUCACCGCCCGUGACGACUCCCCUCUGCUCUCCGUACACCUGCAGAACAACCUGAUUAAUCGGCGUUUAGUCCCGCCCACUGCACUCACCUGUAUUAAAGAAUACAGCAGUGUGAUCCUGCACCCUCAGAGACACGAACAGGUCUACGAGUGAACACACACACACACACACACACACACACACACACACACACACACACACACACACACACACACACACACACUGACAUACAGAGAGUUUUAAUCCAACAUAUAUAAAACCGUGAAACAGUAACCGCAGGACCUUGUGGGCGGGGUCAUGUCAUCGCCAUGACAACAAGUUAUUGAUGUGAUCAUAGACAUGCAGUAACAAUCAUUAUUUUGUGUAGAAGAGCUGAAGGUGUUGUGUGUGUGUGUGUGUGUGUGUGUGUGUGUGUGUGUGUGUGUGUGUGUGUGUGUGUGUGUGUGAGCUCAAGGCAGAGACAGUUUUAAAUAAACAGCAGACUUUCACAGAACAGCUGAAUAAAUAUUACUUUUAUAUUAAACAUAUUUUAUAUAUCUAAUAGUUUUUAAAUCACAGGUAUAAGUGUGUAUUUUGUGUGGUUUGGACAUGGACUCAGUGAGAGGUGAGUAAUGUCAUCAUCACGUCUACGUGCCUCAGAGUUCUCACUGGUUAUAAAGCAUUUUGUUCUUAUUUAGUGGUGUUAUUAACAUGUUAUUACAGCUAGUGUUUAAGUGUUUAAGUGUAACUCUGCAGACUUUAAUACACUUCGUUUUUUUUUCCCUUUAUAUUAAAGCUUUCAUCUUCCCUGAA